AUGUCGCGGACGUUGAGAGCCCUUACGUAGCUCUCCAUGUGCUCCUGCUUCCCAUCGCUUUCCAAGCUCUCUCCCUUCGACCCACGUGCGUCCUGUCAACAGCACUUAUAUUUCAGCAUGCCGGGGAGGAAAGACCUGGCAGCCCUCUAUCCAUCUCUCGAAGACGAGGAGGUACAUUCGAAGACCCUUCAGAAUGCUUGGAUCCGGUCGCAUCGUCGCCGCACUGUCCUGCAUUUCCGCAGCUUUGUGCGCUGGCAACAUCGUCUCGACGAACGAUGAUGGGUGGGCUGUGGCGCAGAUCCGUGCAUUGUACACGGAUUUGACGGCCGCUGGCUUCGACGUCGUUCUAUCAGCUCCCGCUGAGAACGAGUCUGGUACGGGCUCCAGUACAGAGACACCAGAAACUUUGAGCGAGCCGUGCGAGUACGACUCCUGCCCUACCGGCUCGCCCGCCGAGGGGUACAACGCCAGUGAUCCUCAUCUGAACUACGUCAACGCAUAUCCGGUAGACGCAGUACAGUAUGGCAUCCAAACUCUUGCACCAGAGUUUUUUUCCGGCUCAGGUCCCGACUUCGUGACCAGCGGCCCAAAUAUUGGAAACAAUCUCGGUCUCGCUGUCCUCUUGUCUGGUACCAUCGGCGCGGCAUGCGAGGCCGCAAAGGAAGGCGUACCGGCAACCGCAUUCUCCGGGGAUUCCGGCUCCGAGGUCUCCUACACCACCCUCGACAGCGAUCCAACCGCUUCCUCGACUGAGGCCGCCUGGAUCUACUCCGCACUAGUCGUUCACUACACCCAAGCCCUCUUCGCCGUCGACAGCAGCCCGCUCCUCCCUCCGGGCAUCAUCGUCUCUGUUAACUUCCCGUCCGUCGACAACUGCUCAGACGCAAGCGACUACCAGUGGGUGCUGUCGAGGAACCUGUGGGAUCCCUUCGCGUCGGACUUUGCGGCGUGCUCGUCCGAUGGCUCCGUCUUGCCGACGGAAAGCGAUGUCGUGGGCACUGCGGGGUGCUAUAAUAGCGUGACUGUCCUCAAUGCAACUACGAAGACGGACGUAGAUGCGGAUUAUCAGGGAGAGGUAUAUAGCAUACUGCGUGAGCUGCCGUUUACCUGUCUGCCGAGUGCUUGAACAGAGAAGCAUCGAGAUGAAAUAGCUGGCAGAUACUGUACGGGGCCAAUCGCACACGUUGUUGAGGCUGUACAUAC